AUGCGGUCCCCUGGAUCUACCGCUGAUGGCACAGAAGAUCGCACGCAUUCCAACGCGGCCGAAGCGAUUGACGCUUCAGGGCUGGAAGACAUGGAUCAGAGUGGCAUAAAUCGGGACGCGACGGGUGAUAAUGACGAUCCAGACGAAUUUCCCGCUCUUCGACAGGCCGCCACGACAACAAGCCCGACGAACGAUAACGGAGGAUCGUCGAAGGAAAAGGACGGGACAGUCGCAAAACGGCCGCGACGGAAGCAGCCGUUCCCGUACAAGCACCUGCUGCCGCGCGACGGCUACAACUGGGUCAAAUACGGCCAAAAGCAGCUAUCUGGCGGGCUACACAUGCGGCACUAUUUCCACUGUAUGCUCCGAAACACGGACGCGCGCUGUCCCGCUAAGCGCAUCGUCAACAUGAGCAAGGCGGACAACAAGGCGCCGCUCAAAAUCGAGUACAUCAACGACCACAAUCACCGCCCGCACCUCCGCAGCGCCAGCAGCUCCCCCGCUCCGCAUCAGCAGCGCGGCGCCAGCAGCAGCGCGGAGAUUUUGCUACAGCCUGUGUCGUCCGGGAGACAGUUUACCCUCGGCAUUAGCGACGGGCACAUUCGAGGCGCCGCGAUGGGUGGGGCGCUUAUGGAGAGUGGUGAUGCGGAUUCGUUGUUGAAGGACGGAAUAAUUAGCGCGGGCGCGAACGACGGCGGGUUAGACGCGCUGCGCAUGCUAACGGCCGGCGAUGGUAAUGAUUACGCCGCGUUACGACAAACCCUAGAUGAAGCGAUUCGCAAGGCAACUGCGAGUCGGGUUCAUCAGCAGAGGGCUGGCAGCAGCAGCGGCGGCGGCCACGUCAGCGCGCUCCAGGUCAGCAAGCUACUACAGAGCCUGGGCCGGCAGGAGAUGGGGCAACAGUUACCUAGCAUUGCUAGCGGCAGCAGCAGUCGAGGGGGCGGCGAGGGCGGUAUUGCCGGCGGAAGCAGCAGCGCAGCUCAACCGUCCCUAUGGCAGCGGCGGGCGGCUGGAGCACAGGCAGGAGCGGCAAUGGCGGCGGCAGCGGCAGCAGGUCUGAGCUCUGCUGCCAAUAACCCGCCCACUUCGUUAAUGGCGGACGUCGCGCCUCUCGCCCCGCGUUCCGCGCUUGGUGCGGACUCGCUGAUGGCAUUCGCAAGUCAGCUAUCGUCGCCUCCUGCGCAAGCGCCGGGUGCGCUUGCCGGCGGAGGCCCCCUCUCCUCCGCUCAUGCACUCCGCGCCGCCGCCCCCGUCGCUAGCAGAAGCAAUAGCGAUGCUGCAGAUGGCGUCUCUUUCCCCCAACCGCACUUCACCGAGCAGCACCCGCCCUGCUUCCCCGCGCCCCUCAGGCGGGCUCGUCUCCCCCCCGCCCUCGGGCCUCAUCUCCCCCCCGCACUCUGGAUUCGCCACUCCGAAUUACCCUGGGAUAGCACCGCAACUGUAUAA